AUGGCGCCCACGCUGUCAAUCCUGCUCUGCUCUGUAUUCUUGAUUGUCUCUCCCCUUGUGAUCGCGUCCUAUGACAGAUUCACCUCGCUUCCCUACUGCGCUCAAUACUGCUUCACCAAGGCGGUCAACGACUCUCUCGCGACCUGCGAAGGCGCGUCCCUCGAUUGCUUCUGUCAGAGUGCCAACGCCGCCACGGAUUUCAACAUCUGCCUCCAAGCCAAUGUGCCGUGUAACUCCAACCCGAUCAACAACGAUGUCGAAGUCUUCAAAAGCACUAUCUUUUGCAACGGCUCCAUGGACAGUGGCUUCUAUUACACGUCGGCCCCUGGCGCAGUGACGGCCAGCGUGGGACCAGCUCUUGGAGGCAAUCUUUCGGCCACGAUAUUCUCAAACCUCCCGUCGUCCGUCGCCACCGAAAUGUCGAUCGCCUCGACCAAUACCUCGACACAAUGCGCAGAUUCUGGUUCGGUCACCGCCCCAGCCAUCCUCACAAGCACCUCGACAGUCGUCGUGGAGCUGUCCAACACUGCCUCGCCGAGUGCCAGCUCGAACAGUACCUGGACUGCAUCCUCAUUCCCAACCGUUAUCGCAGCCCAAGCUUCUGGCGGCGCCGCUCCUGCUCGUGUGGGCGCCACGGAGCUCGUGGAGUUGAAAGGAGGCUUUUUCAUGACUUGGAUUCUUGUUGGAGAGAUACUCGCUUUGAUAUGA